UUUUCAAAUCCCCGGAUGAUGGCGGUAGCCGAACUCUGCUAGGAAGCAGCUUGCUGCCUCGCAGAAGCUGGCGGGCACUGUGCCCGCCACGAUCGGUCUCCUGGGCACUGGGCCACCGCUCCCCCCCCCCUCCGGACAUGGAGCCAGAGCCUGCGGCCCAGAAGCAGCCCCGGCCGCGGAGGAGAAGCCGCAGGGCCUCAGUGCUCAGCGAGGAACGAGCCGCGGGGCUUCCGGCCGACACACCCGGGCCGGCGGCGAACGAGAGAUGCUCCCUCCGAAGAGGCAGCUCCUUCACGUUUUUAACCCCUGGCCCACACUGGGACUUCACUUUGAAAAGAAAACGAAGAGAGAAGGACGAUGAUGUUGUAAGCCUUAGCAGUCUGGAUUUAAAGGAGCCAAGCAAUAAAAGAGUUCGGCCUCUAGCUCGGGUCACAUCCUUGGCAAACUUAAUCUCUCCUGUAAGAAAUGGAGCAGUCAGGCGCUUUGGUCAAACCAUACAGUCAUUUACCCUUCGUGGUGACCACAGAUCCCCAGCCUCUACCCAGAAGUCAUUCAGCAGGUCCACCUUAAAAGAAAUCCUUAGACACACUCCCAAAGACCACCUUGAUGUUCAGCUUCUGGAGGAAGCAAUAUUGAUAAUACAAGGAGUCCUUUCUGAUAUCAACUUGAAGAAAGGCGAAUCUGAGUGUCAGUAUUACAUUGACAAGCUGGAGUACCUGGACGAGAAGCAGAAGGACCCCAGAAUUGAAGCGAGCAAAGUACUGCUGUGCCAUGGGGAGCUGAAGAAUAAAAGUGGCCAUAAACUGUACAUUUUCCUAUUUCAAGACAUCUUGGUUUUAACUCGGCCUGUCACCCGAAAUGAGCGCCACUCGUACCAGGUUUACCGACAGCCCAUCCCAGUCCAGGAGCUGGUGCUGGAAGACCUGCAGGACGGGGACGUGCGCAUGGGCGGCUCCUUCCGAGGGGCCUUUGGCAACUCAGACAAAGCUAAAAAUAUCUUUAGGGUCCGCUUCCAAGACCCUUCUCCAGGUCAAUCCCACACACUGCAAGCCAAUGACGUGUUCCAUAAGCAGCAGGCCCAACACAGUGGAAUCGCUCCAGGACUUUCUGAUGAAUUUCUUGUUUGCCAUAACCGACGAGAGCAGCUGCUGGCUUUGCAGGAUGAGAAAUGUAUUGUUGGAGAUGAUCGUCGAGUUAGCGAUUGGUAA